AUGGCUCUAGGGCAGAACGGGCUAGCGGAACGCACGAAUCGCACUAUCCGGGAGCGGAUCAACACGCUCCUGUCCGAUGCGAAACUCCCUCCUUCCUGGUGGACCGAGCUCUUAGACACGGUAGUCUAUCUUAAGCUACGCGCGCCAGCAUCAAUCCUACAGAAGAAGACACCGUAUGAAGUCAUCUACGGGAAGCCACCCAAGCUAUUACAUCUACGACGGAUCGGCUCCCGCGUAUGGGUAUUGAUCCCUAAAGAGCAUCGGGCGAAGAUCGGACCACGAUCGUCUAAGUACCGACUGCUCGGGUACUGCGAACCCAAUCAGUACAAGCUUUAUGAAGUACACUCUAGAAGGACCAUCUUUUCCCGUGAUAUCGAGUUCGAUAAAAGGACCCCUAUAGCGCCACUCAUCGAGGGGGAAACAGGCAACGACCUCCCGGACAACGCUCCUCCAUCACCUAUCUUUCCUAAACCAAUGCUACCUCCAUCUAGUGGGCCACCUACGCCGCCGCUAUCUCCUAAAAAACUAGAGAACGCUGCUCCUUAUAAGCCAGUUGAUAACGUGCCGUCUGAUUCUGAACCGGUUAAUGUUCCCUCACCAGUCAAUCCAAUCCAGCACGAAACAGAGGCCACACAGGACCUUGGUUAUUCUUUAUAUAGCCGAAGACGAAGACCUUCCAGGCGUCUCUUAGAGUCUCUAGGCAAGGUGUAUGCGACAGGGACAUUGAAUUUCCCCCCGGGGAUCGGAUUAUUGGCUAAACACGGCAUCGACUAUCACGAAACCUUCGCGGCUGUAUCCCGAAUGGAUUCGGUCCGCAGCAUCGUUACGAGUGCCGUGCUGCUAGCUCACGGCUUUACCAUAGCCCAGUCCGACAACUAUGUUUUCUAUAAGCCUAACUAUGUCGUCUGCGUGUACGUUAACGACUUUCUGGUCGCAGCCGCGGACGACACCGAGAUCCAGCAGCUUCAAAGGGCCUUAGAAUCGGAGUUCAAACUGAACGAUCUAGGAAAGCCGCGUUCAUUCCUAGGAAUUCAGUUUAACUUCCACGCGGACGGAUCGAUUUCGAUUCACCAACAUCAAUACAUCCAAAAGGUCCUCUCCGACUUUUGCAUAGAGACCUAUCAACCGAAGUCUACACCGAUGGCUCCGAAAGUUCUCCUGAAUAACGUUCCCGACGGGAGCGACCUAGAUGAAGAUACGAAGGCUCGGUUCGGGACCGCAAUCGGAUCACUAAUGUAUCUUAUGGUCGGUACGCGCCCUAACAUCGCGUUUGCGCUUAGGACGUUGAGUCGUUUCACAUCCCGACCGCAGUCGCAUCAUCAAGCCGCACUGCAGAGACUACUACGCUAUAUCAAGGCCACACAAUUCUAUCGCAUCACAUACCGCAGCGGGCAGUUGAUCGGAUACACCGAUGCCGACUUUGGUGGCUCGGUCGUCACUAAUGGUGCAUACUCCACGUCCGGCUAUGUGUUCAAACUUACGGGAGCACCAGUUUCCUAG